AUGACAGAGAUGAAUGUGGAUGGGGCAAGUGGGAGUCCAAACACCGAAUCUGGCUCUCUUUUCGAGGGAAAGCAGUUCUGGCUAUCAAAACAAAUUCCUCAGAGGGAGCGAUUCAAAGACAUUAUUAAGGAACAUGGUGGCAUCAUACGACUGUACGAGAAAGACGCAGAGAUUAAAUUGGUUGAUCACGCUAGAAAGAACCUCCCAGCAGACACGUUUUCCUACCGCUAUGUUGAGAACUCAGUCCGCAAAAAGAGACUAGAAAAUCUCGACGACUAUAAGGCUGGUCCUUCGGCCACUCGCCCCGUGGGAGCCACUAAUAUACCGCGUAGAGGACAUAAAAUCCCUUUUAGUCUGGAAGAUGACCAGAUACUCUGGGAUUGGAUGCAACCACACGAAAAUAACAAAAGUGCUCCUAUUAGUGGUAAUAGGUUCUACCAGGAGCUAGCUGAAAAGAAUCCUAGACAUACUUACCAGUCUUAUCGAGAUCGGUACUUAAGGAGACUUCGUGGGCGCCCCCGUCCGGGUGGUAUGCCACAACCCAUAUCUUCGACGUCUGCCGCACAGGAAAACAGCCAGGGAGGGACGGUCCCUCCUGCAACUUCUACAUCACCGAGGCAGAUGGCUACACAAGACACCGGCACGCCAGUUCAGAUGACAGAUGACAGAAAGAGGAAACGCACUCCGGUCUCUGAAACUUCAGAAACUACCUCGGGCGUAGAUAGCCCUAAUCCCAAAAAGAGAGCAGCAGUAAGUUUCGUGGAGAAUACACGUCAAGCUGAGCCUCGCCGAGGUGAAGGAUCCCCAAACCUUCGAGUCUCUUCACCAGAAGUCAUAACCCCAACUUUCAGCGAGUCACAUGCUAUGGAAAACCUCAAUGAGGACAAUACGAAAGAAGUUGAAGAAACACCGAGAUCUCAAGGCCCUGUAGAAGAACUGAAACCUAUUGACCCCUUGUUUUUAGAGCUACCUUUCUUGCCCUCAAGCUCGGAAACUCCGGAAACUCUGGACAGCCCAGGACGCACCGAAGGUUCCGAGCAGGACAUCGAUGUCUGGAUUGACCGUCGUCUUCAACCUGGCAAAGUAGAAGAGGAACUAGUGAUUGAAGCCUUGCGUUGCACCAGCAUGGACCCACACCUAGCCGAUAAGGUCCUAAAAUACUUGGUUUCAGGAAAAAGCAUCCCAGAUGAUAUGGCCGGCGUAUGGACCGCCGAGGAUGAUCGAUGUAUCGAGGGGAAAGACACCAGGGGUAUCGAAAGGGUUUUGAGCAAGCACGGUUCAGAAUACUUCAAUGCACGCUGGGAAUAUCUCGGAAUGGCAAGAUCGGCUGGAUUGGAAAAGGGUCAGGAAGAAACUACAGACCUUUGA